UAUUCUGAAGCUGAAUCCACUGUGUCAAAAGACUGUUCUAUUUGGAAGAGUAGAUAACCUAGAGUCUAAAAGAUGAGUCAAAGAGUUCAAACUGAGGAUAUGGGUUCUCCUGUUAGAUCAAAGUUUACAGCGUCUUUACGUGCAGUUAAUAUUCAGGAUGAUGCAGAAAAACGGUUAAUUCAACAGAGUUAUUAUAUACCAAAUAAAGGAGAGGAAGACACUUUUUUCGAAUAUUCGGACUCUGAUGGUGAUCAUUUUCUUGAGCAUCAUAUCAGCCGAUCUACUUCCACAUCAUCCAACAUUACUGAACCGUCAUUGAGUGAUGCAGCUUCUGCAGAUACCACUAAAAUGUAUUUGUGUUGGAAAUCCUUUAGUGGAAGUGACAUUGAUGAACUCAUCGGACAUCUGAGUCUUAAUGAAACAUUAGAAACAUCAAAACCCUCAGAAAUUCAAAAAAUGACAGAUGCAGAAUUGCGUUUGGAACUAAUUUCUUAUGGCAUUAAAGUUGGUCCGAUUGCGCCUGUAAGAAAGCAGUAUGAAAAAAAACUUGUUUUGUGCAGGAAGGAAAGGAUGGGUAAUCAUUGUUCGAAUGUUAAAUGCAUCAUGCCAUAUUCACCAGAAUUAUGCAGCUUGUUUAUUUCCACACAAUUGCCAAGUAAUGAUAAUGAAGAUGACAAUACUUUGAGAUGUGAAUUUGACAAUCCUAAAGUAGAACAACGGGAUGGUAACUCUAAAGAUUGUUUUACUUACUUCCUCUUGGAUCCAAGGAUUACUAAAGAUUUGCCUUUGCAAAUAAACCAACGAAAUGAGAAAGAAUGCUUAAAGAUUUUCUCAGGUGCAAUAUUUUAUGUCGGUAAAGGAAAAGGCUUAAGACCAUUUGAUCAUUUCAAAGCCGCUAUUCGUUCAAGGACACAAGAUCAACGCAGUGAUAAGCUGGAGCACAUUCUAGAUAUAUGGGAAAAUGACUAUGGUGUUGUAUUACAUUAUGUUUUCCAAAACGUUGUUUCAGAGGAAGCAUAUACAAGAGAAGCAGCAAUGAUAGCUGCUUUAAGUGUUCCUCAUUUGACUAACUGUCAACAUGGACCACGCUAUGGUCCGGCAAGCAAGUGGUCACCAUCACGCUUACAAGAUUAUGGUGCAUUUCUUAUUGUAUCCGCUAUGCGUACUUUUAUGGGUGAGGUUGAACGACAAAUUAGAUCGAGACAAAUUCCAAUUCCAAAACAACGAAACAGAAAAACAAUUUAAUCAUGAAUUAGUUGUGCCUGGUCAUUAUAAAUACAGUAUGUAUAUAUAGUAUAAAUAUAAUCCUUGUUAUGAUAGAUAUAAGUUGUUGUAAACCUUUUGUUAUUAACAGUUGGUGUUCAAAUUUUGGAUAAUAUGAUUUGUUAUGGCACAGAUUUAAAAGUGUGUCCUGUAGUUUUUGGUUUUUCCCAUAAAUCUUCAAUAACUUGAAACAAAAUUUAAUGAUUUCACUCUAUAAAAUAUUUACCAUACUGCAUACGAUUGCGUAAUUAGUGAGUAAUUAACGAUUACUUUUCUUUUUGUUUAAAAGCGUUAAUUCUAGAAUGUACCUUUAACAUUAAUUAAUCGAUUGUAUUUGAUAGAUUAUUUCUUAGCUUAUAGUCUUAUAAACCAUAGUGUAUAAAAUCGUUUAAUUAAUGAGUAAUUAAUAAUUAGAACGCUUGCGAGUCAAGUAAACUGCCAUACAUCGGUAACCGUUAUUAACACAUGCAGUAAUCGAUAACUUUUAGCUUUGUUUACGUUGCUGCAGUACAAUUAUAAAUAAAACGUGUAUAUAG